AUGCAGGGCAACCUGGUGCCUCUGUAUGAGCGGGUGAUGGCAGACCAGCUGACCCCCGUGCUGGCCUACCGGUGCCUGGUGAAGGAGGAUGACCGCGAGGCGCCAUCCUUCCUGUUUGAGUCGGUGACCAACGGCUCGCAGCAGGGGCGGUACAGCUUUGUGGGCGCGACGCCCGCGCUGGAGGUUGUGGCGCGAGGGCAGCAGGUGCACGUGAUGGACCACCGGCGAGGCACGCGGGACUCCCAGACUGUGGCAGACCCAAUGCAGGUGGCCAUUGACCUCAGCUCGCACUGGCGCCCCGUGCGCUCCGACGGCCUCCCCUUCGUCUUCACCGGCGGCUGGGUGGGGUACACGGGGUACGACACCGUGCGCUACGUCUACUCGGGCAAGCUGCCGUUUGAGGAGGCCCCCGAGGACGACCGCGGCCUGGCCGACAUCCACCUGGCCCUGUACAACGAUGUGGUGGUGUUUGACCACGCCACCAAGCUCGCCUACGUCAUCUCCUGGGUCCACCUGGGCGACUAUGGCAGCGUGGAGGAGGCGUACCUGGCGGGCAAGCGCCGCCUGGCCGCCACCGCCGCCAAGAUCGCCAACCAGAACGCGCCGCAGCUGCUCAACGGCAAGGUGUCGCUGAGCCUGAGCCAGCGGCCGCGCACCGCCACCAGCAACAUGAGCAAGGAGGAGUUUCUGGGGGCGGUGGAGGCGACAAAGGAGUACAUCCAGGCGGGCGACAUCUUCCAGCUGGUGCUGAGCCAGCGCUUUGAGCGGCGCACCUUUGCAGACCCUUUUGAGAUCUACAGGCGAGGCUGGGCCGGGUCGCUGCGCGUGGUCAACCCCUCCCCUUAUAUGGCCUACCUCCAGGCCCGCGGCUGCAUCGUGGUGGCAUCCAGCCCGGAGAUCCUGUGCCGCGUGGGCGAGGACGGCACAGUCACCAACAGGCCACUGGCGGGCACGCGGCGGCGCGGCAAGACGCCCCAGCAGGAUGCGGAGCUGGAGGCGGAUCUGCUGGCGGAUGAGAAGGAGUGUGCGGAGCAUGUGAUGCUGGUGGACCUGGGCAGGAACGAUGUGGGCAAGGUAUCCCAGGCGGGCAGCGUCAAGGUUGAGAAGCUGAUGGAGGUGGAGCGGUACAGCCACGUCAUGCACAUCUCAUCCACGGUGACGGGCUCCCUGAGCCCCGGCCUGACCUCCUGGGAUGCGCUGCGGGCAGCGCUGCCCGCGGGCACCGUCAGCGGCGCGCCAAAGGUGCGCGCCAUGCAGAUCAUCGACGAGCUGGAGGUGAACCGGCGAGGGCCGUACGGCGGCGGCAUCGGGCACGUGUCCUUCACAGGCGGCAUGGACAUGGCGCUGGCGCUGCGCACCAUGGUCAUCCCCACCGCCCACCACGACACCCUGUACAGCUACGGGGGCAGCAAGCCGCGGCGCGAGUGGGUGGUGCACCUGCAGGCGGGCGCGGGCCUGGUGGCGGACUCUGUCCCGGAGAGCGAGUGGGAGGAGACGGUGAACAAGUCUGCGGCGCUGGGGAGGGCCAUCGACCUGGCUGAGCAGGCGUUUGUGGCGGCGGACGCCGGCGGCGGCCAGUGA